UCAGAUGUAGCAAAGGCUAAAGUGUUUUACAGCACUCUUGGACGACUACACAAAUAAAUUGUGGGUCAAAUACAUGGAUUUUCGUCUGCAAUGAAGUUCAUCAUUUUCUUCAUCUACAUACCUUUUGUUUACUCAGAGUUACACUCCUUCAUCACCACAUACACUGGAAUAAGUGGCCAGAUGACUGCCGACGACUGCCCAGAGUUUUCUGCUGUAACUACACUGGAUGAUCAACAGAUUGAUUAUUAUGACAGUAACAUAAAGAAGCUGAUUCCCAGACAGUACUGGAUGAAGGAGUUUGCAUCUGAAGAACUGUGGAAAGAAGACAAUGAGAUCAGAGAACAAGUAUGGCAAGUGUACAAAAACAACAUUCCUGUUCUAAUGAAGCGAUUCAAUCAGUCACAUGGAGUUCAUACUUUUCAGAGGAUGUAUGGAUGUGAAUGGGAUGAUAAGACAGGAGACUCAAAUGGGUUUGAUCAGUACGGUUAUGAUGGAGAAGAUUUCAUCUCACUGGACAUAAAAGAGGGCAGAUACACUGAAUCUGUACAGCAGGCAGAGCUAACAGUGAUGAAGUGGAAUAAUAACAAAGAACAGCUUGAAAUCUUACAAGAAUACUUUGGACACGAGUGUGUUUACUGGUUAAAGGAGUUCUUAUAUUUUCCUAAAGCUACGUUUAAGAAAGCAGAUCAUCCUAAAGUGUCUCUGCUGCAGAAGAACCCAGACUCUCCUGUGGAGUGUCAUGUCACAGAUUUUCUCUUCAGAAACACAAUCAUCUCAUGGAGGAAGAAUGGACAAGCUAUGAGCGAUUCCAGUAAAUUGGUAAAGUCUGGAGAUACACUACCAAAUGAGGACGGGACCUUCCAAAGGACACUUAACCUCUCUGUCCCUCCAGACGAAUAUAAGAAAGACCAGUACACUUGUGUGGUGGAGCACAAGAGUUUGACUGAGACCAUCCAGAAGACUGUGAAAGAGAUCAAGAGUAGCAUACCUGGAUCAGAUGCUUCAUCUAUCAUGUAUCAUGUUUUAAUGGCCAUUAUCACAGUUAUUUUUUUACUGACUGUACUGUGUGUACUUUGGAAAUGCAGGGAGAAAUUCAAAGCUUGCAACACACAAGGCAACACACAUUCCAAACAUAAAGCCAGAAACACAGAGACUCAGGAAGAUAGACAGGCGCUUACCUCCACUCCUGAAAUUUCCACAUGGUUCGCCUCUCCUGAAGCCACGAGUCAUACAAAUUCAUGAGUGUGUGGCGCCUCAUGGUACCUUCCCAAAGAGGCACAAAAUCACUUUCCAGAACCUUUACCUUCACAGUUCUUCACUGGUGGAACAAUCUUCCCAACAACUGAGUUCUUUUAUAAAGUUCAAGAGAUAUCUAAAGACUUUAAAAGACUCUUUUGAUUCAACUACACACACUUAAAACAAUCUUCUUUAUACUUUUACCUUUUCUUCCAUCUGUACCC